AUAUAAAACUAUAAAUAAGAACAAUGAGAAUGAUUCUCCACUGGUAAUACAGCAGUUAAACACAAGGUGGCGCCCUGGCUCCUCCUCCACACGCUGAGAUCUCGCGAGGAUCCACGGGACUCGAGUCUCAGCUGGUUCCCGGUGCGUCGCUCCUCGUCUCUGCCGGUUAACGGCUCCGAUCCCCGGCCUCACCGGCCCCCCGCCCCGCUGUGUGAGUCACGAUCCGUGUUACCGGCACAGUGUGCUACCGGAGCCCGGUUCGACCUCCACCGUGGGCAGGGAUCUUAACGGGAGGAUUCCUCGGUUCACCGGCGUCUCUCGUUCACCUCCCGCUGGUGACGCGGCUGUGUCACGUGGAUUCCUAACGGAGGGUUCCCGGUGUGAGGGGGUGAUUGGAUCCCGGUGAUCCGGUGAGAGGAGGCGGGAUCGUGAGGCAGUGAACCGGCGGCCGGUCCGAUGCAGGGACACGUGUCGUGCCCGGUGCUGUGACGGUGUGUCCGGUAUGUGACGGAGCCGGUGGCCGGUGAAGCGGCGGCUCAGGAUGCAGCAGCAGCCUCCUCUGCUCGGGGACGUGUUCUGUCAGUGCCGCUCCGCAGACCCAGAGGACUCCUCCUCGGGCCCCCCGCCUCCCGCCGGCCCGGGGCCGUCCUGUGAGCUCUGCGGGGGACCGGAGCAGGAGCACCGGCUGAAGGUUCUGUUCCAGAUCCUGGAUGUGAACCAGGACGGAGGAAUCUGCCUGAGCGACCUGACGAUCGGGCUGAAGAAGUUAGGAGUUCACCGAACUGAGCACGAGCUCCAGAAAAUAGUGAAAGCCGGAGACAAGGACCUGGACGGACAGUUGGACUUUGAGGAGUUUGUCCAUUACCUCAGAGACCACGAGAAGAAACUCCGGCUCGUCUUCAAGAGUCUGGACAAGAAGAACGAUGGUCACAUCGACUCACAGGAGAUAAUGCAGUCUCUGUGGGACCUGGGCGUGAAAAUCUCUGAGGAGCAGGCGGAGAAGAUUCUCAGGAGAAUAAGGAGGGGUCAUGUCUGGGCCCCUAUCUUGUAUAUGGAUAAGAAUGGAACGAUGACGAUCGACUGGAACGAGUGGAGAGACUAUCACCUCCUGCAUCCAGCAGGCAACAUCCCUGAGAUCAUCCUCUACUGGAAACACUCCACGAUCUUUGACGUAGGUGAGAGUUUAACGAUUCCCGAUGAAUUCACGGCAGAAGAGAAGAAAACGGGGAUGUGGUGGCGCCACCUAGUGGCUGGAGGAGGAGCUGGAGCGGUGUCUCGAACCUGCACCGCUCCACUGGACAGGCUGAAGGUUCUCAUGCAGGUUCACGGCUCCAAGAGCAACAGCAUGCACAUCUCUGGAGGCUUCACCCACAUGAUCCGUGAGGGCGGAGUCCGGUCGCUGUGGAGAGGCAACGGCAUCAAUGUCAUCAAAAUCGGUCCCGAGUCUGCGAUCAAGUUCAUGGCCUAUGAGCAGAUUAAAAGAUUAAUCGGGAGUGACCAGGAGACGCUGGGCAUCGGCGAGCGCCUGGUGGCGGGCUCUCUGGCCGGCGUGAUCGCUCAGAGCAGCAUCUACCCCAUGGAGGUCCUGAAGACCCGCCUGGCGCUGAGGAGGACGGGGCAGUUCUCGGGCAUCUUGGAUUGUGCCAAACACAUCCUCCACAAGGAGGGGGGGGCGGCUUUCUACAAGGGCUACGUCCCCAACAUGCUGGGCAUCAUCCCCUACGCUGGUAUCGACCUGGCAGUCUACGAGACUCUGAAGAACUGGUGGCUCCAGCGUUACGCCACGGACAGCGCUGACCCAGGCGUGUUCGUGCUGCUGGCCUGUGGCACCACCUCCAGCACGUGUGGUCAGCUGGCCAGUUACCCCCUCGCACUGGUCAGGACUCGCAUGCAGGCACAAGCUACUCUGGAAGGAGGCCCUCAGAUGAGCAUGACCGGCCUGUUCAGACACAUCGUGAGGACCGAGGGCGCCACGGGGCUCUACCGGGGUCUGGCGCCCAACUUCAUGAAGGUCAUUCCGUCUGUGAGCAUCAGCUACGUGGUGUACGAGCAUCUGAAGCUCACUCUGGGGGUCAAGUCCAGGUGAGGAAGAGGAGGAACCCAGACUCAAGAGGCUCCUGGAGUAAGACUACGUUUGGAUCUAAGAAGCAAGCGGCAGAGAUUCUACACAUCAAGUGAUGGACUUCCAGGGUUUGAAGGGCGAGCGUGAGGAGAUGGAAGCUGAGCAGAACUUUCUGGAAGAGGAGAGUUUGUCCUUUGCUGUUAUUUGAAACUUUCUUUGAGCGACUCUGAAGUGCUCCUGCUUUGUUUUAGCAAAACUACAGUUUACAUUGAAUUCAGUGACCUGCUGCUCUGUUAGAAGUCUUAACUCUUAAAGGUCUUUGUUAACGUUCAGUUUAUCAUCCCCCCCCCCCCCCCCGCGCGCUUCAGAUUCGAUCCAACACCAAACCUCACCAGAGCUUUUUCAUGUCUACGAACUGAACUGGGGACAAAAAACACUUCAUGACGUCACAUUUAUUCUUACUUCCACUGUCUCCAGCACUUAGAUGCAUUGAGCCUCUUAAUUAAGAAAGUUAGGAAAGUUCUAUAAGUUAAGAGAUUAAAGUAGUAAUGGUGGAGGUGAUUGGUCGCGGUGGACCGUGACAUCACAGAUGUUCGAUCCAGAUGGAGAGAAAGUUCCCUCGGUUAGAAAAAAUCUUUCUUUUAUUUAUUCCUGAAAUUUCUUUUUAGAAUUAAGGAAACAGUGCCAAACAUCCGAAUCACGUUUCCUCUCAUAUCGUUCAUAAUAGAUCAAUAAACGUUCAGGAUCAUUCACUCCAUGUGAACCUGCCUCUGCUCAGGAUCGAGAAUCAACCCGAUGUCUUUCCACUGUUGGUCCGGUUCUUUCAGGACUUGUUGUCGUGAGCGAGUGGAGACGUUCAGAACAGAGCAGUUUGAUUUCAGGCUGGUUGUGAACGGUUCAGACCUCGUGCACUUUGAGGAUCUGUGAGGUCAUGGGAGUGAAUCCCUCGGCUGUGGUUGAAUUUACAUAGAAAGAGGCGAUGACACUAAACAGGAAGUGGAAACUGCAGGAGAACGAUGAGCUCAUCGGGGGGGGGGGGGUACCUGAACAGUCCUGUUGACUUGUUGAUGCUGAUUUUACAGAGAAUUGAGGAUUAAACUUGAUUUUAUUUCUUUGUGUUGAAUAUUGAUCUGCAGAAGGAAAACAGAAAAACGAAUCUCAUCCCACAAACAGGACGUUUGGCCGUCAUCAGUUAGAAUAAAACAAAAACAUUAAGAAAACCUGAUUUAUGUUUUAAGUACCAGCAGAAUAAUAACGUAACACUAGGGAGAAGCGUUCUCCUCCGUUCCACCUCAACAUAGAUACCAAGUUCUCAACAUGUUCAUUUUGAAUUUGAGUUCUGAGGAAUAUCGUUGAUUUGGUCACAAGAGAAAUUUUAAUGUCACUAAUUUUUCUGAUGCUGUUGAAACUGGAUCCUUGAAUAUUUCAGCGUUUCAGUCACAUGAUGGGACGUCCAAUCAGAGGAAGGCGUGAGUGGACUGCUCAGUUUCCCAUGAUGCCUUGGGCCCAAAGGAGGUGUUCAGAGUCUGUUGGACAUGGAAUGCACUUUAAGGUUCUCUGCUUUAAUUCCUGUUAGUUUGUAUUUAUUACUGUAUUUAUUUAUUUAUUCUUUCACAAGGAUUAAUGACUGAGUUGUGAUCUAUUGGUUUUCCUGAAUAAUUUCCUUUUCUACGUAGAUUAUUUUAUUCAAUUGUCGCCUUUGGUCAAGUCAGAGUCUGGAACAUGGAGCCCAAUGGGUUUCAGGAUUCAAUUUAGAAAAGGGAACAGAAUUAAAAAAUAUAAUCCUAAAAAAAUACAUUAAUGAACCAAUAAUUUGUUAAUUAUUAUUAAAGAUUUACUUUUAUUAUUUGAUUAUAAAUGGUUUCAUUACAUUUUCCAAUCACGUUUGUAUUUAAGUACAGGUGGUACUUCUCGUGACACUGGUGUUUAUGGUUAAACUGUCAAAUAUAAAACAUCAACUACACUUAUUUGUCACAGGGGUCUGAAAACAUCAAAGGAAUCAUUGACACAUAUUUUUAAAUACACACACAUAGAUAUCAAAAUAUCAAAAUAUAUUUAUCUGCAGAUUUAUGGCUACCAGUACUUUGGAGGGACCCUAACCCAAAAGCUUUUGAAAUUCAAAGUGUUAUUCUGAAAAACAUCUGGAAUGAACAGAUUUAUGACGGAGAACAUUUUGAAAUUAUAUUUUGUAAUGUGAAAUCUAAUUGAUUGAUGAUUGAAUGUAAAUCCUUUCAUUUACCCUCGUGGUAUUUUAAAUGAUUUACUCAUUUGGUUGUUGUGGAACCCUCUGGGUCUCCAGACUCUGAUGUCACCCUGGUGACGAGGACACAGGAAGUUCUUCAAGUGAGGAUGAGGAACCACUUCCUGUUGGGGGUGAAAGAUGAAUGUGAACAGAACAUCUUUGUAGUGAAGUGUGUUUCUGUUGUGGAGAUGAAGUGAUGAUUGAAUGUCCUGCUUCCUGUGGAUCUGUCUCUGGUUCCUGCAGCAGAGCUCAGUGGACGGGUGUCUCCUCUGCUCCUCUCGCUUCCUGUCACUUCGCUCUGAUCUCCUAUUUAUUACAAAUUACCGAUCAGACUUCCUCCUGUGGCUGCGUGUGAAUGUUUGAUACUUUCUGCUCCUCAUGUCUUGAACGUGGCCUCGGUGUUUGUCGCAGUGACUCUUCCAGACACACCGACUGACCGCUGCUUUGUAUAUUAGUAAAUUGUGGCUUAUUCACAGAUGCAUUCAGCAUAUAUAUAUAUUUCUAGUUUAUUUUAAUAUGCUGGCUGUAAGUGACCGAGGUGUGAGAGUGAGAGUGACAGCAGCUGUAGAAUGUGGAAGACUAUUUAUGCUUGUAUGAGAUCAGCUGUUAAAUAAAGUAGUUCAGCAGGAAA